AUGCCCUUCGUGGUAGGACUGGCGUCCCUUUCUGCCUCCACGGGUCUCUUUGCGCUGGCUCGAUCCCUCCCCGUCCUCGUUAUCGCCCGCGCGCUUCAAGGGCUAUCUGCUGCCGCGGUAUGGAUCGUCGGGCUGUCUAUAAUCGCGGAUAAUGUGCCAACCGAGCGGGUCGGAGAGGCUAUGAGUUAUACGACUGUUGCGCUGGCCUGGGGAUCGUUGCUGGGUCCCGCUGUUGGCGGAGUGAUGUAUGAGAAAGUAGGCUUCUAUGGGGCGUUUGUCGUCCCCAUGGGCUUGCUGGCUGUGGAUAUAGCCAUGCGGUUUGCGAUGAUCGAGCGGAAGAAAUCUACGCAAGUCAACGAUGACUCUCCUAUCUCGAAAUGUAGCUUCGCCUCGCCUGCCUCGGAGUUCAGUAACGAGAGCUACAGCACAUUCACAGCACGCGGAGAAAGCUCUACUCGCAGUAUCUCGACCGUAAAGCGCGGCGAUGAGGAAGCCCCCUUGUUAGCAUCUUCGAAGCAAAAGGCCGACAACGUGCAGCAGACUGAGAUCAGGGCGUCGGCCACUGUUUUUAGUUUAUUGUGCUCUCCACGCUUGCCGCUGGCGUUGGUAUCAAUCGUGAUGAUUUCGCUGGUCGUUUCAUCCCUGGAUACUACCCUUCCCCUAUUCGUUAUGGAGAGAUUUCACUGGUCAUCUGGUGGUGCUGGCUUGAUUUUCAUGGUGCCUGCCAUCGCUAGCUUCUCUACCAUCUACAUUGCAGCAUUAGCUAGCAAGAUUGGAUAUCGGAUCAUUGCAGCAGCUGCAUUCAUGCUCGCCGGGGUUUCAUGCUUCAUAAUGCAACUUGUUCAACAUGAUACCACGAGUGAUAAAGUGCUCUUGGCCGGCAUUUUGUUUGUUCUAGGUGCCUGCAUUGCCACAGCCGAGAUGAUCGCAAUGACUCAAGUGAUAUAUGCGAUUGAAGAACAUGAGGCAGAGUUCCCUGGGACGUUCGGUGCUACGCUCCCCAUUGCGCAGGCGUACGCACUCUUCAAUAUGGCACUUGCAGCAGGCCAGCUGCUGGGUCCGGUCGCAACGGGCAUUAUCCGCGUUCACGCUGGGUGGCAUGCGUUGAUGAUCACCCUUGGGGUGUGCUCCGUGCUGAUGUCGCUGCCUUACAUGCUUAUCAGAGAGAGGAAGACGGAGGGCUGUGCUUAA